AAAUACAUGGAGCUGUUUUUAUAGAAACGCAAAACGUUUCCUUUUCUCCUACACGCGCACAUGAACCGGAAGUAACAGUAACGCGGGAAAGCCACCGGAAAAGUGUUUUUUUUUAGUAUUUAGGUGGUACAAUGAAAAAUUACCACAAAACGUCUGAUUAUGACAGGAUUAAUACCGCACUUUCCUUAGUAUCACAAGAAUUUACCAUAAAACGCAAUUAACUACGUCAUUACCGUUUCCAUGGUAACUGAUUGGCGCUCUUUUGUGUUUGAAGGUGCCUGUCAGAGUUUUGCCUGCAACUGCCAAAGAUCCGCAGCACUGUUUAUUUUAUACAUUUAUUAAGAUAACGCGAUAGAAAUGGUUUUUGAAACUUUUAAUAACUACUGUACGAGUGCCAUUUUUUCCACGGAGUGAUGUUUAAUGGCCAUGGGCGACACCGGACAUCUAUAUCACCACAAUCGUUUUCCUGGAAUCACCUGAGACUCCAUUGCGGCUGACCUCAUCCUUAACCCUUACCCGAGACACCUGGACAUGGUGCAUGUUCCAGUCCAUGUCAUUGGAAGAGAUUUAAACAGCAAACUGGAUUUGUCGGGUUAUGAGAAGUGCGUUUCGGCAGCAAUGCAGGGUAAUAAGUCGACUCUCUCAUUCCAUCACACGCUGUGGUACAUUGAUCAGGCCUGCAGGUCAGAUUCAAUAGGAUCUGAGAGGGGACGGAUCACAAGAGCAGGUAUAAAAGCUUCAUCACGAAUUAGUGCGCACAGAAAGUCCCUCUCCUUUCCUCAGCAUCAUCUCUGAAGAGCCGCCAGCAUCACCAUGAGUCGCAGUCCAGAAAGGAUGUCAUCGUACCGCCGUCACUUUGAAGGUGGCAUAUCCUGCUCCUCCACGCUCCAGGUGCGCGUGUCCAGCCCGUCACCCACCCGCGGGACCGCGCGCCAUCGCUCCGCAAGUUACAACCGCAGCGGGACACUGGGGCGCGGGGCGCAGUCUGCAACCCGCAAGUCACGCAUGACCAGCAGUGUGAGUUUGGGAACGCUAUGUCUGGGGCUUGCCGGACGUGGCGUGGACCUGGAUGCCGCAGCUGCCGAGAACCAGUUAUUUCUGAGCACUCGGACCAGCGAGAAAAAGGAAAUGAUUGUCCUCAAUGAUCGUCUAGCUGUCUACAUUGAGAAGGUGCGCUCUCUGGAGCAAAGCAACAAACUUCUCGAAGCCGAGAUUGAUGCCAUCAAGGGCCAAUAUGUGAAGCCCUCAGGUCUGCGAAAGCUUUAUGAGGACCAGCUGAGAGAGCUGAAGAGAAUUGCAGACCAAAUGAGAGUUCAGAGGGAGCUGGCACUUGCAGCACGCGAUGCCAUGGCUGGUCAGCUGGAAAUGCUGAAGGUUAAGUAUGAGGAAGCUGUGGAGGCACGGAAGAAGGCGGAGCUUGACAUAGAGGCUUUCAGACCGGAUGUAGAUGCUGCAACGUCUUCCCGAAUCGCCUUGGAAAGGCGUCUGGAAAACCUGGAGGUGGAGCUCGAGUUCUUGCAGAGAAUUCACAAAAAGGAAAUUGAGGAGCUGAUGGCUCAGAUUUAUGGAGGCGUAGCUAAAGUGGAUGUGGCCUUCUCUUUGCCUGAUCUGGCCAACGCCCUCAAACAGAUACAGGCACAAUAUGACAGCAUCGCCGCACAAAACCUGCAGGAAAUGGAUGCCUGGUAUAAAACUAAGUUUCAAGAUCUUAACAAAGUAACAUCACGGCACGUGGAAUCGACGAGAAGCGUCAGGGAGGAAAUCACCGGCUACAAGAAAGAGAUGCAAAAUAAGCAGAGAGAGUUGGACGCUCUUAAAACAAGGAAUGAAGCCCUGAUGCUCCAGGUCCUGGAAGCCCAGGAGAGAUACAAGAGAGAGGAGGAGGAGCUAAAGGUUCGUAUAGAGAUUCUUAAAGAGGAGCUGAAGUCUUUUAAGGGGAAGAUCGCACUCCUGCUGAGAGAAUAUCAGGAACUGCUCAAUGCAAAGAUGGCGCUGGAGAUCGAAAUCACCACCUACAGGAAGUUGAUUGAGGGGGAGGACAGCCGAUUGUCUACUAUGGUUAGUAGUUUGUCACUCAUGAGCAGCACCAUUUGCUCAGGAAUGGCCAGCUCUGCUUCCGGGGGGGCGUUCGGCUCUAUGGGGGUGUCAGCGGCUGGUGGCCGGGCGGUCGCUGGAGCGAUGAGCUCAGCUGUCUCGGAGAAGGUCGUGUCCUCCUCAAGCAGCUCAGAGAGCAAACAAGUCAACCACGACCAUCACGAGUCCGUAGAAGAGUUCACCCAGGAACAGGCCGUGGAGAUGACGGAGAGGAAAACAGUCCUCAUCAGAACAGUUAAGACAGAUGAAGACAUGAUUCAAAGGGACAUGCAUGAACGCACCAUCACCAUUUCUGGCGCUGCGGAUGAGACUGAAAUAGACCCUUGAGUCCCGAUGACUCAUGAAUAUUAAUGUUCAGUCAUCAUUUUUCCUGGUUGAUGUCUUAUUUCAGACUAAUAAUUGGACAGAGCGCUGAUGACAAAAUCUAACGGGACCGGUCACAAUAAACAAACCUGUCCAGUGCUGCUUUGACUAAACUGCUAAACAAAUAACCUCCUGUGUAUUUUCUGACCCAUUAAAAAUAAACUGAUUGCACAUCUGAA